AUGGCAAACUACCAAUGUGAGAAUUGUUUACAUGAAUUCCCCGAAAAUGACAAAUAUAAUAAGCUUCGUUGUUUUGGGGAAUGUCAGCGAAAUUUCUGCAUGCACUGUUCUGGAUACAACAAGACCAUCACCAAAACUCUCCUGGACCCAAAAAAUUCAAAUCUAAGAUUUUUCUGUAAAUUAUGUGAUUCGCCUAGCCUCAGAUAUUUAAAUGAAAAAAUAACAAAUCUAUCAAAAAAUCAGAUACCUCAUGAGAACUUUAAUGCCUUAAUUCAACUAACUAAAAAAUUGACUGAUAAUUUGCCCGUUUUCAUAGAGACAUACGAUUUAUUAACAAAAAAAGAUGGCAAAUUGGAUUACCUUACAAAAAAAAUUGACGAGAUCCAUAAAUUAAAUAGCCUGAUGAAUCCUGAACAUCUUUUAAAAUCGGUACGGCAAAUGCAACAAGACAUCUUCAAUAUAUCGUCAGUUUUUUUCGGCUGUUCCGAUGAUACUAUUAAGGUUCAAGUUGAAGACUCAAAUUCAUCCGAGAUAAAAUUGGGAUUACAAAGGCUAUCUGAAAACAUCAGCGAAAUAUCUAAUCAGAUAAGUAAUUUUUCCAGCAAACUACCUGCUAUACAAACUGAAAAAGAGGUAUCUAAAAAAAAGAUAGUAACCAAAACCAAUGUUUCAGAAAUAAUAAAAGAUUUAAGGUACAUGUAUUAUUUCAUAAAAUAUAAAUCACCGACAGGCGAAGAAAUGCAGCGGUUCACUCGUCUCCAGAAGAUAUUUGACAAGAAAAAAAUUACAGCCGAAGAAGUUUUGAGAAAGUUGUCUCCCAGUUGUGAGAUGAUGUUUGCGAAAUGUUUAUGGAAGGGGCUAUCUGUGAAAUGUUCCCACCUGUUUCAACAGACGAAGACGUCGGAAGGAUUCUGUUGUACAUUCAAUUCACAUGUGUUCAAAAAUACUUCAAUUUACGAAAAGACAGCACACAAAUAUUCUUCUACGCCUCAGAGACUAUCAACUUGUGGCUCCACAACUGGUUUAAUAACUCUUAUAAACAACGAUGUUGAGGACUAUUAUGCAGCCUAUGUUCCCUCAUUUGGACACAGGAUCAGAAUAAGCAACCCCUAUCAAUACUCCGAUUGGAAUGCUAUGAAUAUCCUCAUCGCAACCAGAAGAGUUCACAUAGUAGCCAUUACACCACAAUAUACUGCAGCUUCGGAAGAGAUUAGAGAGCUACCACUUAGUGAAAGACAGUGUUUGUAUCCAGACGAAAAAGACCUCAUUUAUUUUAAGAUUUAUAAUUUUCGUAGUUGCUUAGUGGAAUGUAGAAUGAAUAUUACAAGAGAAAUAUGUAAAUGUACUCCACACAACUACUUGCCUGAUAAUGGAAGAGAUCCUAGUGUCAAGGUUUGCAAUCUACUGGACAUACCAUGUUUAGCAAAAAUAAAUGGUAAAAUUAGGAGUUCUGUACCAGGGUUAAAUGGAAAAGAAAUAUUGGGAUCGAUGUCAGAAAAGUAUUAUAAAGAUCAAUGUGGCUGCUACCCGGAUUGUACAUUGACCCUCUAUCAAGCGCAAGAUAGUUCUUAUACGCUACUUCGUAAUAACUCCCUUUAUUCUCCAUAUUUAUAUAAUGGAAUUGGCAUCAAAGACCAUAGUUUAAUGAAAAUAUAUUUUGGCAAUUCAGCCGGCGUUAAAAGUAGAAGACAGCGAACUUACACUUGGUAUAAUUUAUUAGGUAGGUUAUAA